ACCACUUGGUCCUGGAGGCUUGAUUCUGGUGAUCCGAAUGGCAAUACAUACGGUGUUGACAGCUGUAUCCAUAUGAACAGUGGUUGAUACUCAUCUUUUCCUCAAUUAUUAACAUGAAUAAAGUAAGGAAACUCGGAGUACAUCGAGUGAGUAAACAUGACACUGAAGAAGACGCUUUAACAUCAAUCACACAAAAAUACAUUUUCAGACCCUCAAAUAAAGCCUGCUUUUCACACUUAUAUACAACAUAUAAUGUGGACAUGCAGAUAUAAAUUAGAUUAAGAAUUAACUAUGUAUAGAAUAUGAAAUACACGCAUUGCGUCACUUCAAAUUAGCGGUAUUAACUAAUAUUUCGAAACUGAGAGUUAUCUCCCUUCCGUUAGUGCCGCCUGUUGCCUAGCUACCGAUCUCAGUAAAGCGACGCCAUUUUGUCUUGCUUCAUCUGCUGUGUCUCUCCUUUGUCAAUCUAUAAUCUACCUUGGAUAUUGAGCAUCGCUUGAGUUUUUCAAGAUGCAGUCAAGUGGUUAUGUUCAAGAGAGGAUGUUUCACCAGGCUUUCACCCCUGCUGCCACUCCUGUCCCACGUCGACGUCCUUGUGUGUACCACCCUGAACCCCUGUCCACCCUCCCCACCUCCUACACCUCUGUCCCCGACCCAGCCCCUGUCUCUGUUUCUGUCAACAUCACCGGCCACGUCAUUAUGGUUGACACCGACUUUGUGGAGAUAGAUCUCGGCCGUGAGGAAGACACACAACCCCUCCCAACCCAGUCCUUCCUGAGAGCCUUGCUGUCCCGUUUCAUCAGUCUGGUCAAGAGAGUCUUCACCUCCAACAAAAACGACGCAUAAAGUGACAUUUUUGUAACAAUCUGAGAAGUCACCUUUCCUUUUUUGUUGUAUGGACACUUUGGCAAAUUAGUUAUCAUUCCCAUUUGGUUGUUCUUUCAUUGGCAUGAUUAGUAAAUUUUGUUGUUGUUCAAAUUGUUGUUGGUUGCUUUAUUCUAUUGUUAGUGUAGGAGCCUCCUUACGUAUGGAACAAACUCAAACAUAACCUGAAGCUACGAGUCACAUUACACAAUUCUGCAUUCUGAUUCUACAUUUGUAGAUCUCCUUAGGUCUGUGACAACUUGGCGAAUAUCAUAUGCAAUAGUUAAAUAUCGUAGUCCAAUAAUAGGUUUCACAAAUUACUCAUGUUAGAAAUCGAACCUUUUGGUCAGGGUGUGACGAGCGAACACUAACUACUGUGCCACCCUUCAGCCAAUCUGUUUUCAGAUUUGCCAGUUUAAAUAUGUUCAAAUUUCAUAGAACACUCAAUAAUAACCCCUCAAAGAUUUAUUAGCCGAGUGUUUAUAUAUACUAGUAUAUAUAUGGAAUUAAAAUAUAUAUAAUGCGAGCUCAGCAAUUUAGUUGAGGACAAUUAUUUCCCCAAAAAAACUUCGAACAUUGUGUUUAAAAGAGGGAUAGUAAGAACCUGAAUAGGGAUGUAUCAGGAAAGUGUUCGAAGAGAAGUCCUAACUCGGUAGACUAUGGGCCAUAAGACCUGGACAUGAUUUUCAGCACCUGUCUCCCUGGUCUUGAAACAAAAUUGUAUUUAAUGUGCUCUUGAUGCUGAUUUUGUGGAACAUCACAGGCCAUGUUAUUACAGUUUCUCGGUAACAGCAUGCUAUGAAGUUCUCAAACAAUUUCUUACCAAAACAGGCUUCCUAACAUUGAAUUGAAUUUGGUGAAACAGGUCAAUAAUAUACUGGUAUACUAUAUAUCUGCAGAACUAAUUACAGUUUACAGGAUAAUAAUGAUAAUAAUUUGUGUACUGUACCAUCCAAAUACAAUUCGGAAAUAUUUAGGAAAUAUUUCUUCCUUGCUAAUUAUUUCCUAGCUUUCAUAACUCAUAAAUAAAUGUAUACAAUCUUUGUGAUGGUCAUGACAAUAAUAUGGUUGACAUUAACUUGAGACUGACUUAUUUGAGAUUUUGGCAGUGAGGAAGAAACACAAAUCCUCCCAGCCGUCCUUCCUGAGAGCCAUGAUGUCCCGUGUCAUCCGAGUGGUCAAAAGAGUCUUCACCUCCAGCAACAACGUUUAAAGCUUUCUUUGGAACAAGUUCCAGGAUAUUUUGUUGGAUUCAUUCACUUUUUGUCUUGUUAAUUAUUUCCAUAUGGUUUCAGUUGUAUAAAUAAAUGUUUUUGUUGUUCAAA